AGGAGGGACUGUAAAUACAGCUUCUUCCUGAAUCCACUGGCAGAGUUACUGAAGAGAGCUCAAGACACAACACUGCAGAGUAACGCCUUGGAAUGUCCUCUCAGUUUAUAAACAAUUGUCGCAGGGAGAGAAUAUUUUUACAUGACAUUUGCACAGCCUGACAAUGUGGAGCUGUGUGCUGUUCUGAUGAGAACUGAAUUUCCCAUAGAGAUCCUCACAAACUGAACAGAAAAAGACUUAGCUGCAUUGGGAAAGUCAAGAGUGGAACUUGAAGCUUUUAAAAACAAAACAACUAAGUGAAGAAGCACAAGAAUUUGAUCUUGGGCAGCAUGGCAUCUACUAAGGACCUUUUAAUCCUGGCACUAUAUGGUUUGUUACUAGAGUUACCGACCGCAUGUCAUACAACAGAUACAAGGCUGCCAAGAUUACGUCUGUCACAUAAAGAGCUCUGGGACUUAAACAGGACAUCAGUCUUUCAUAGCCCAUCUGGAUACCUUGGUCUUCACACAAUGCUGCUGGAUGAAUAUCAAGAGCGACUGUUUGUAGGAGGAAGGGAUCUUGUGUAUUCUCUCAGCUUGGACCGCGUCAGCGAGAACUACAGAGAGAUACAUUGGCCCAGUACACCCCGGCAGGCAGAAGAAUGCACAAUUAAAGGAAGAGAUGCUGACGAAUGUGCAAAUUACAUCCGUGUCCUUCACCGGUACAACAGAACACAUCUCCUGGCCUGUGGUACGGGGGCUUUUGAUCCCCUCUGCACUUUUAUCAGAGUCGGACAUCCAUCAGAGGAUCAUCUAUUUCAACUGGACUGGCACAAAUUUGAGAGAGGACGAGGCAGGUGCCCUUUUGAUCCCAGCUCCUCCUUCAUCUCAACUUUAAUUGGGGGUGAGCUGUUUGCUGGGCUCUACAAUGACUACUGGGGGAGAGAUGCUGCUGUCUUACGUACUAUGGGUCAUAUGCCACAUAUUCGAACUGAACCUGAUGAUGAGCGUUUAUUGAAAGAACCAAAGUUUGUUGGCUCAUACAUGAUUCCCGACAAUGAAGACCGGGAUGAUAACAAAGUCUAUUUCUUCUUUACUGAAAAAGCGUUAGAGGCAGAAACAAGCGCUCAUGCCAUUUAUGCCAGAGUUGGACGAGUGUGUGCGAAUGAUAUGGGAGGACAGCGAAUGUUGGUGAAUAAAUGGAGCACUUUCCUCAAAACCAGACUGAUCUGCUCUGUACCAGGAAUGAAUGGAAUCGAUACACAUUUCGAUGAAUUAGAGGAUGUGUUUUUGCUACAAACUCGGGAUAACAAAAAUCCAGUGAUAUUUGGACUCUUUAACACUACAAGCAAUAUUUUUAGAGGAUAUGCUAUAUGUGUCUAUCAUAUAGCUAGCAUCCGAGCAGCCUUCAAUGGACCUUAUGCUCAUAAAGAAGGACCUGAAUACCAUUGGUCUCUGUAUGAAGGAAAAGUACCUUACCCCAGGCCUGGUUCGUGUGCCAGCAAAGUCAAUGGCGGUCUGUAUGGUACCACCAAAGACUAUCCUGACGAAGCUGUCCGUUUUGCAAGGAGCCAUCCACUGAUGUAUCAGCCCAUUAAACCUGUCCAUAAAAGGCCAAUACUUGUGAAAACCGAUGGCAAGUACAACCUAAAACAAAUAGCGGUGGAUAGAGUGGAAGCUGAAGAUGGGCAAUACGACGUCUUGUUUAUUGGCACAGAUAAUGGGAUUGUGUUGAAAGUCAUUACAAUUUACAACCAGGACACAGAAUCAAUGGAAGAAGUGAUUCUUGAAGAGAUGCACGUAUUCAAGGUGCCAGUUCCUAUUAUUUCUAUGGAAAUAUCUUCAAAGAGGCAACAACUGUAUGUUGGAUCUGAGUCUGCCGUAGCACAAGUGAAGUUCCAUCAGUGUGACAUGUAUGGCACAGCCUGCGCUGACUGCUGCCUAGCAAGAGAUCCUUACUGUGCUUGGGAUGGGAUAUCCUGUUCUAGGUACUAUCCCACAGGAAUGCAGGCAAAGAGACGUUUCCGCAGACAAGACGUUCGACAUGGAAAUGCAGCUCAGCAGUGCUUUGGCCAGCAGUUCAUUGGAGAAGCCCUGGAGAAGACUGAAGAACGGAUAGUAUAUGGAAUAGAGUACAACAGCACUCUUCUGGAAUGUACCCCUAGGACUUUACAAGCUAAAGUGAUCUGGUUUGUGCAGCGAGCCCAUGAAGCCAGGAAGGAGGAGGUGAAGACAGAUGACAGAAUCAUCAAAAUGGACCUUGGCCUCUUAUUCUUAAGGCUGCACAGGCUGGACGCAGGGACCUAUUUUUGUCAGACUGUGGAACACAGCAUUGUUCAUACAGUCAGAAAAAUCACCCUGGAGGUGGUAGAGGAAGGGCGCGUGGAUGAAAUGUUCAACAAAGACUAUGAGGAGGACAUACCUCACAAAAUGCCAUGCCCAGCGCAAAGCAGCAUUCCUCAGGGAUCGAAGCCAUGGUACAAGGAAUUUCUGCAGCUAAUAGGGUACAGCAACUUCCAGAGGGUCGAGGAGUAUUGCGAAAAGGUGUGGUGCACGGAUAAGAGGAGGAAAAAGCUGAAAAUGUCCCCGUCCAAGUGGAAAUAUGCCAACCCACAGGAGAAGAAGGCACGCAUCAGGCCAGAGCAUUACCGCCUCCCCAGGAACAUAGUUGACUCUUGAUGGACAAAAUCCAUCCAUUCUUUCUGGGAGAAUUUUUAUUUGGACCUAAGGAAU